CCCACAUAUUAUAAUAAUAAUAAUAAUAAUAAUAAUAAUAAAUUAAAAAAUAUAUAAACCCCCAAAAAAAAUCUCCUUCUCCACCAAAAAUCUCCCAAACACCAAAAAAAGCUUAAAGCUCCAUAGCUAUGGAGUCAAGCAUCCUAGAUUCGAUCGGAACAGAGAUCGUCGGCGUAAUGUCCCCAGUCUCAAUCUGCAUGUUCCUCGUCGUCCUCAUAGUCUACUCACUCUACUCCUCAACCACCUCCGACUCCACUCCUCCCCUCCGUACCGCCGCAAAUCUCGUCUACAUGGAAAACCCUUCCGACUCCGUAACCCAAAAGCUCGAAGGCUCACUCCUCAACGCAUUAGUCUUCGUCAUCUUCGUCGCAGUCGUAACCUUCCUCCUCGUCCUUCUCUACUACUACAACUUCACAAAUUUCCUCAAAAACUACAUGCGAUUCUCAGCCUUCUUCGUCCUCGCCACGAUCGGAGGCUCAAUCUUCUUCGAAAUCGUUCAGCAUUUCUCUGUACCGAUCGAUUCCGUCACUUGUUUUGUGUUUCUAUUCAACUUCUCCGUCGUUGGGGUUUUGUCGUUGUUUUCCGCUGGGUUUCCGAUUGUGUUGAGACAAGCUUAUAUGGUUUCUUUGGGGAUUUUUGUGGCUACUUGGUUUACUAAAUUGCCGGAAUGGACUACUUGGACUCUUCUUGUGGCUUUGGCUUUGUAUGAUUUGGUGGCGGUUUUGGCUCCCGGUGGUCCUCUUAAGCUGUUGGUUGAGUUAGCUUCGAGCCGAGAUGAGGAGCUUCCGGCUUUGGUUUAUGAGGCUCGGCCUACUGUCUCCAGAGAUGUUGGGAAUCGAGGAUCGCCACCAUUGCAGCUUUUGGAAUCAGGUUCAGUCGAGCUUCAGGCAAUUUCACCUGACAAUUCGAAUAGAAUUAGGACCCAAGAAGAAGAAAACGGUGGCCGCGGUGGCAAUAGCGAGUUCACAGGGGUUGAAGUUCGAAACUUUGCGAAUGAGAGAGGUGUUUCGAGUGAGGAAGAUGAAGAGGAAAGGUCACCAUUGGUGUUAAGUUCAAUGGGGAGGCAUUCUUCUACUAGUAGUGAUUCUCCACCACCACCACCACCACCGAAUAGCGGUCAGGAGGAAAUUUCUCCUCUUGUUGAGCUAAUGGGAUUGGGAAAUGAAAGAGAAGUGACAAGAGAAGGAGUUGAGUUAUCAAGUAGAGGUAUUAAACUUGGCCUUGGUGAUUUUAUUUUCUAUAGUGUUCUAGUUGGAAGAGCAGCAAUGUAUGAUCUUAUGACUGUUUAUGCUUGUUACCUUGCUAUUAUAUGCGGACUUGGCUGCACACUCAUAUUGUUGUCUGUGUACCGUAAAGCUUUGCCCGCUCUCCCGAUAUCCAUUGCGUUAGGUGUUCUUUUUUACUUCUUGACUCGCUUGUUAAUGGAACCUUUUGUUGUUGGGACAGCUACAAACUUAUUGAUGUUUUGAUUUGAAUAAUUUAGUUUUUGAGAGGGCUAGCAAUAGUGCACAUUUAGUUUGGUACAGAUUUGACACAGGAACAAUGUAAUGCAAAAAUGUUCAUAAUGAUUUUUAGUUGAGAAGAUGUAAUUUCUUUUUACUGAUCCUUUAGGUCUUUACAUCAAUAUACAUGAAAAUUGAGCUAGAUGAUUGAUUCGAUAGUCUUGUUAUAUCCCAAAAUGGGUUGCCUGAUCUUUCUGUAUUAUAAACAAUGAAGAUUUAGUAAUAUGUAUAGACUAUCAUUGUUUCUGUUU